AUCAAAUCAUCAGCAGCAACACACUCUUCAUACACCAAUCAAUCAACACUACCACAUCAAUUUAUCCCAUACAAUUUUCGCAAUGUCUUCCCCAUUCAAGAAGGUCUUUGGAGACAACACUACACCAGUCAUGCCACAAGCACCCAAGCAAGAAUCCGACAGACGGGCCUCAGAGUCGUCAAUUGGUUCUUCACCCUCUUACGACGGCCGCCGCAGGUCGUCAGCCGCACAGCGAUUUGCGAACCUAGAGGCCAUGAAGCGUGGUAACGAGCAAAGUCAAGCCAGGAGACAAUCAAUCAACGAGAUUUACGGAAAGCCUACCUUCAUCGGUACCUUGUGGAACAAUUUUACUCGUGGUCCCGUUAGCCCUCCUUCUCAGAAGUAGAGUUCUGGAGGUUUCACAGUUGUCGAUAGACUGAACCUUGGAGCGGACAUAUACUGCCGCCGGCAACACGGUGCCGAUACGAUGGACUACAGUUGGCGUUCCAGCUAUUAUUGCUGGGGGUGGAAGGGGAGGAGUGUUUCUGUCGAGAGACGACACGCAUGUCUGGAAGCGUGAUAGUGGAGGUUUGGACCCCGCAUUAUGAUCAUGAGCAUUUGUACAAUACCAGUUGGAUUUUAUCUAUCUUAUAGCGGAAAUAUACAAGUUAUCGCAACCCAAA